GAAGGGGGACAGAAAGAGGAGGUUGCAGCUUAGAGUACAGUAGGGCAGACUGCCCCUAUUAUGCUAAGGCAGAACUCCUUGCUGAUUAUCUACAGAAAAAUUUGCCUAACUUCAGGAUACACAAGAUUACUCAGCAUCCAGACAACUGGGAGAAGUGGCUGCAGGAGAUCUGUGAACAGAAUGGAUGGAAACAUAAGCACUCUCCAAUUAUUUGGAGGGAAUUGCUGGACCGUGGAGGAAAGGGCUUUCUUCUGGGAGGAUUCAAUGAUUUCCUUGAACAUGCUCAGCAGUACUAUAACAUCACAUCAGACAUGAUGACUGAAGAGAUGCUCAUAAUAGCUAAGGAGAACUUGCAGACUCACACAGAAACCGAGACAGAGGAAGAAGAACUUAAAAGUCUUAUCAAUCCUCUGCAUAUUUGGAUAAACAGAGCAUCUGCUCAUAUCUGCUAUCAUCUGAUCCCUUUGUUAACCAAUGGGGAAAUAUUUGGGAUGGAAACUGAGAUCAGCCUUCAUUUGCUUGACCGAAAGAGCUGCAAAGAACUUCUUGAAGCUACUGUUAUGGAGACCCAAGACUUAGCAUCCCCUGUCCUUCGUAGUGUCUCUUUGCACAUCGAAUUGGAUGAAGCUUUUUUUGAGGCCGAUGUUAUCAUUUUGCUCGAUGACAUCCUUCAGGAGACAAUCCCAUCUGUUGAAGACUGCAUCCACCAAGUGACAAAUCAGUGUGAAAUAUACGGUCCUCUGAUAGAGAAAAAUGCCAAAAGCAGUGUCAAAGUUGUUGUGAUGGGGAAAACCUUUGCUAACCUUAAGGCAUUGAUGCUUAUGACACAUGCUCCAUCCAUUAACCCUCAGAAUAUUGUUACUGUAACCAUGCUCUUGGAAAGUGAAGCCAAAGCCAUGUUGGCAAGAAAGCUGCAUAUGCAUCCAGCAGGAAUAAAAAAUCUCCUUGUCUGGGGUAAUGUCAGUGGAAGCAGCUUCAUUGAUCUGAGUAAAACAGAGCUCUAUAGUUAUGACAGUGCCAUCUGGGGCCCACCAAGCUUUUUCCGUCCCUUGUUGGAUGUCCUGUUUGAUAGUGAAUGGAUGCGAUCUGAAUUUGUGGUUGCAUUGAGUUCACUGAGUUCUUGGGAAAUUCACUGUGUAGGCAUGGCACCUGCACAUACCAUUGCUACGGUGCUGAGGUAUUGGUACCAGGACUCCCCACCAGGAGAAAUGGUCUCCCUGGGAGUAAUCAGUGAAGGUCAGUUUGGACUUCCUGAGGGGAUUGUCUACUCCAUGCCUGUAAGAUUCCAGAAUGGCAGCUGGGAGAUCUUUACAGAACUAGAAAUUAGCGAGAAAACCCAAGAGUAUCUUCAGAUUCUAGCCUGUGAUCUGAUUCGGGAAAAACAAGUUGCGUUAGGUGAAGUAGCAGAAAUGUAUCCACAGAGGAGAGGCACUCGUGUGGCAUGUAAUUAUUUAAUGGAAGAAGAUCAAGUAUUCCAGGCUGAACAGGACCUUGGGAUUUCAACCAGUGGCCAAGGAGUCGCCUUGGAAAAAGAUGGUGCAACUAUAGGUGAAGAGACUGAAGGUUUUCCUAAUGAGCUAAAUGAGUCAAAAAGUCCAGAAGAAGGAAACAUCGAAGAACUCAUAGAUGGAAAUGUUGAGGAACCUAUUGACGGUAGACGAAGUAGCUAAAGAAAAUGAAAAUUUUACUCUUUGGUGUGUAGGGAGCAGCUAUAUUCCUUUAUCAAACAUACAGGGAAAGCUCCAAUUAUGCCAUGAGAGUGGCUGUAUACUCUACCCAGCAUGGAUUUUUUGCAUUCUGCAGUGUUAAAUUGAAAAUGCCCCCCAUGCCAUUCUACUGCUUCCCAUAAGCAUAUUUCAAAACAAAACCCUACGAAACCUAU